AUGAUAGUUGUCGCUGUUGAAUUUGCCAAAAAAUCGCAAGACAAGUUAGUUGAAUUAGACACAAAACGCCGUGAUGCCCUAUUAAAGCUUGACGACGCAGCAAUUAAGUUGGUCCAUAUUCGAGCCUGUGUGAUUACAGGUUUAGGAUUUUUUACUUCGGCCUACGAUCUAUUUGUUAUUAAUCUUGUUUCAGGCAUACUUGGGUAUGCCUACUUUUCUGCUGAUGAUAAUUCAAAUUACGUUCCCACAAAUCUGGAUACCGGAAUCAAGACUUCGGCUGCCAUAGGAAAUGUUAUUGGACAGAUAUUUUUCGGAUGGAUGGCUGAUAGAUAUGGUCGUCAAAAAGUAAAUUGA